AUGCCUUCCAUCGUCUGCUCCGCUCAGGCGUCCUACAAAAAGCUCCCUGGUCUCCUCGAACUCACUGAUACCCACUUGCAAUGGACAAAGACUGGUGACAAAAGUCCAGCUGUGAAGUUUCCGUAUGCGGAGGCCGCGGCUCUGUCGCGUAGCAAGGCUGGGGCAGAUCAGGUGCGGUUGAAGAUUGGAUUGGUAAGCAAUGAGGCCGGCCACAACUUCACGUUCACGUCUCCACAAGCCGUCGCGCUCGCCGAACGAGACAAGUUCGAGGCCGAGCUCACAACCAUCAUCGCCCGCAACCGUGCACCGCCUCCUCAAGCUCAGGUCCCUGCUGUCCCAGCAUCCAAAGCCAGACAAGUCGCAACCCCUGCCCCAGUCACGAAUGGAAGUGCUGCUGGGACGCCUAUGCGGCCGCCAGCGCCACAUGCCCGGCCAUCCCAAUCAAGAGCUGUGUCUGUGGCGAGCGAGUCGAGGGCUUCUGAUACACCCGUUGGCGACAGCCCCACGACCGAUUUCAGGUUACGGAAAAAGGUGCUGGUGAGCACGCCGGAGCUGGCCCAGCUCCAUCGGGAGCUUGUCAUGGGAGGACACAUCACGGAGAACGAGUUCUGGGAAGGACGAGAACAUCUGCUCCUAGCUCAGGCGGCCGCUGAAAGUCAGAAACGCGGGAAGCCUGGUCAGCUCGUCGACCCGCGGCCGCAAUCGGUGGACGGGGAGGUCAAGAUCAUCAUUACCCCUCAGCUCGUUCAUGAUAUCUUCGAAGAGUUCCCUGUUGUGGCGAAAGCAUAUAGCGAGAAUGUGCCUGAAAAGCUGUCAGAAGCGGAGUUCUGGAGUAGAUAUUUUCAGUCAAGGCUCUUCAACGCCCAUCGAGCGUCCAUUCGUUCCUCUGCCGCGCAACAUGUUGUCAAAGAUGAUCCAAUAUUGGACAAGUACCUGGAGAAGGAUGAUGAUGAUAUCGAACCUCGAAGACUACGAGAAGAGAGAGUCGAUACUUUCAUUGACUUGGGUGCAACCUCCGUGGAUCAUGAAGAGACUGGUAACGAGAGAGACAUCACCAUGCAGGCAGGUAAACAGCGGGCUGUCCUGCCGCUCAUCAGAAAGUUCAAUGAGCACUCUACCAGGCUGCUGGACACCGCCUUGGGAGGCCCAUCUGUCAAGCGGAGACGAUUAGAGAACGGCGAGGAACGAUAUGCGCAAUUAGACCUAGAAGACCUGCACGACAACCAGUCAUCCGCCGGCAUCAUUCUGGACAUGAAGGACAGGCAGCGGUACUUUGAUGGGCGGGCAAACGGUGCAGAGCAAGGAGAUCCUGAAGGCCCGCGCGUUGCAUUGCGGGAAGCACUGCAACAAGCCAAAGCGAGCACAACAGGGUGGUCCGCUAACCUAGCACAGCUCAGAAUAGAGAAAAAAGCUGGAGACGCAGCGCUCAUUAGCAUGACACAGAACGUCCAGAGCAGAUUGGACGUUAAGCAACGGAAACAGGAUAUUCCCGAGGCGCUGUUCCGUCAGAUGACGACAUGCCAGACGGCGGCAAACGAAUUCCUCCGUCAGUUCUGGCUAGCUAUCUAUCCUCCCGCGAACGAGUUCCAGCAGCUGUCCGUCGCGACGCCUGCACAAAAGACCGCAAAGGCGCUGAAAAUGAUAGCGUACCUUAGCAAGACGCACGAGAAAGUCGAGGCUCUGGUAGCGGAAGCACAAAGAGAGCAGGUGGACCAAAACCGCAUCCGAGUGGCUAUGAAACCUAUUCUUGAUGCUGUCGACAAAGCGCUUAGUUUUUGGCAAUUCAAGAAUGCCGCCAAGGCACCUGGAGUCAGGUGAACCGCCGCGAGUGCGCCUGGAGUCUGCGGAGCGUAGGCGGUCGGGGCAUGGUAUAGAGAUGACGGACUCCCUGCAUAUAGUACUCGCGAUUAUGGUAAUGAUUAGCUCACUGUGCAAUUCCAGCAUUAAUUCCAGCAUACUGUUCUU